AUGAUGGGUAGAGAGAGGGAGAAGAAGAAGGAGGAGGAGACAGGUGAACCUUCAUGGUAUUGUGAAGCUCUGUGGUAUUGUUCACUUUGCGAAUUUUCCAGCGAUGACUAUAUCUCAUUCUCGAAGCAUCUUGGCAGUAAAGAUCAUAGGAUUGCGGUGAGAGCAUCAUUCCCGAUCACUAACAUGAAAGACCUGGAGGAUCUGAAGGACCUGACGGAGAUGACAUGUGAAGCAUCAAGACUCUAUCAUCAUUAG